AUGGCACGGCGUGCGAGCAGCGCCGGGGCGCCUCCCUUGAGGGACUACAGCAUCCAGGAGGAUUGGAUCGCGCGUACGGGUGGAGGCGUCCUGUCUGCAUCGGCCUUCUCCAGGUCGAAGCAGAAGGGAAAAAAGGGCAAAGGAAAGAAGAAAGCGUCGACGCCUCAACGCCAUGAUCAGCAGCAGCGUGAUGAGAUGAAUGAGGAGGAGCCCAAGGAGGAAGAGCAAGAGGCGGAUCUCUCGUCCGUCAGGAGCGCUAAGGCUGCCGAAACGGCUCCUGUGUCGGCAUCUUCGCAGCCGUCGAGCCGCCGGCCAUCACUGCCAGGAUUUUCCAGUAUGGACGACGGUGGCGGCGCCGCCAGCGGUGCCGCGGCCACGGCGUCGCCUGGCGUGACGGCGCCGCGUGCCUCCUCCACUCGAAGGGUGUCGGCGGAGUUCGGCGACAUUUCUUCGUCCGCGCGCCCUGUCGCUGCCUCCAGCUUUGGAGGUGUCAGCCACGGCGACGGCACAGAUUUCAUGGUGUCGUCAUCCAUGAAGCGUGAAAACGCCAUGGCUAGCGUCAUGGGUGUUUUGGGCCCAGACGCGGCCCCACGCGUCUUCAUAUACCUCCUGCAAGAGCACAUGGCGGAACAUGUGCAGCUGGUUUUCGCCCCCAUGUUCGGCGGCAGCGCGGAGACCGCGGCGACUCCUGCAGUUCACAGCGGCAGGCAGUCCGGAGGCGCAAACCGAGGUUUUACCGCCGGCAUCUCCGUUGUCUGGAGUCACGCCAUCAUCGGCGACCAACAGCUGAACUUCUCGUUUGGGAUGGGGAGGGCGGACCCUGCCACGAAUCCGUGGUGCCGGAUGUCCUACGGGUUCUGGGAGCCCGGUGGGAUGAAGUGCGCGGCGUUCAUGAAUGGGGGUAUGAAGACAAAGAUGACCUUCUCUGGUAAUGGACAGUCGACAUUCGUUCCCAGAGCUUCCGUACAGGUAGUGACCACGCCUACGGCGACAAUCCUAGACACCACAACCAUAACUUAA